AAUCACUUCACUCUCACACACACAACGUGCAGUCGCGCGGUGAGCGGUGGAGCGAACGAUCCCGAGGCAGCCCAUAGCUGUGUAGCUGUACAGAGGGUCACUGAAAGAGGACCAAAACGCAGGCAACUAAUGGACAUAUAGUAUUUAGUGUUUUUUAUGUAAUUUUUUUUUACUUUGGAACCCUCUGCUAUGGGAACAUAUUGAGGAUUAGCUUAGCAGCCGGUGAGAAUGUUCCAAACUAAGCACGGGAUGCCGCUGUGAAACUGGUCCGGAGACGUACUAUAUAUGGUUGUUUCCGUAUCGGAGGAGGGGACAACAAUCUGAUGUGCAGCGCUUCGGGUCACCAAGUUGUUUUCUGCCGGCAAUUAACGCACACGAUUUGAUAUCAGGGGGACCGUCAUUGGAUUUGAAGGAAUAGGCUAACCGUCGUCGGCUGAUCAAGUGGAUUGUUUGUUGUUGUUUUUUAUCACAGGGAGUGCGUUGUUCAUGUAUUGUGGAUUCCGAAUUGUGGGGAGAUACUGAGGGCUGAAGUGGCUUCGUUCAGGAGCGGAGAGGGAUCGAAGCUUCUAGCCCGGCUGAAGCGCUCAGAGCUGGGAUAGGCUACUGAGGAGUUCUCAUCCAUCCAAGACCGAUGCUGUGCCAGUCGAGCAGAGUGAUGGCGCUGAGGUGGGAUGCCACGCUGGUGUUGGCCGCCAUGCUUCUGGUUUGCUGUGGCGCCGCUCCCACUGACAUUCUCUACCGGAUGCUCGAGGAGCAGCCGCCCAACACGUUGAUCGGCAGCCUGGCAUCGGAUGAGGGCCUGCCCGACUCGGGCCACCUGUACAAGCUGGAGGUGGGCACCCCUUACCUGCGCGUGGACGGCAAGACUGGAGACAUCUACACCACAGAGGUCCCCAUCGACCGUGAGACACUGCGGGACUGCCGUAACCUGUUUGAGGGCGACAAGUGCUUCCUGGAGUUCGAGGUGUCCAUCACGGACCUGAAGCAGGGCCAGGGACCGCGGCUGAUCGAGGGCCGCAUCGAGGUGCAGGACGUCAACGACAACACACCCCAGUUCACCUCACCCAUCCUCAUGCUGUCCAUCCCAGAGAACACGCACAUCGGGGCACUCUUCUCCAUCCCCAUGGCCAGCGACAAGGACUCGGGCCACAACGGCGUGGCCGAGUACUCGCUUAGUGCCGGGAUCGACGCCGACCAGCUCUUCAGCCUGCAGGUGGCCGAGGACACAGACGAGAAGCAGCCGCAGCUCAUCGUUAUGGGCAACCUGGACCGCGAGCAGAAAGACUCGUAUGAUCUCAACAUCCGUGUGGUGGACGGGGGCACACCGCCGCGCGCCAGCAGCGCCCUGCUGAGGGUGACCGUCACCGACCAGAACGACAAUGCACCCAAGUUCGAGAGGAGCCACUAUGAGGCUGAGCUGGCCGAGAACAGCCCUAUGGGACAUUCAGUCCUGCAGGUGAAAGCCAACGAUGCUGACAUGGGUACCAACGGGGAGAUCGACUACAGCCUGCACCAGGCCUCCGAUGCCGUCCAGAGGUUGCUGCGCAUCGACCGCUCCACAGGGAUCAUCUACGUCAAGGGGCUGGUGGACCGUGAGGAGGAGAGCUUCCUCAAGUUCUUUGUGGUGGCCAAGGACCGCAGCCCCAACUCCAAGAGCUCCAAAGUCCUGGUGACCAUCAACGUCAAGGACCAGAAUGACAAUGCACCCGCCAUCGAGAUCCGUGGCAUUGGCCUGGUCACCCACCACGACGGUGUGGCCAACAUCUCAGAGGACAUGCCCAUCGGCACGCCCGUGGCCCUGGUGCAGGUGUCGGACCGUGAUGAAGGGGAGAACGCCGUGGUCACCUGCGUGGUGGCCGGGGACGUACCCUUCCAGCUGCGGCCCGCCAGCGAGUCAGCCAACGACCGCAAGAGGAAAUACUUCCUGCAGACCACGACCCUGCUAGACUACGAGCGCAUCAAGGACUACAGGAUUGAAAUAGUAGCAGUGGACUCAGGUAACCCUGCACUGUCCAGCACCAACUCCCUGAAGGUGCAAGUCACCGACAUGAAUGACAAUGCGCCGGUCUUUUCCCCCACCCUGUUCGAGGUGGACUUUGCAGAGGAGAACCAGCCAGGUGAUAAGGUGCUGGAUGUGGUGGCCACGGACGCGGACAGUGGCUCCAACGCAGAGCUGACCUACAGCAUCAUCAUGGACUCGACCACUAAGGGGCUCUUUGAGAUCGACCCCAAAACGGGAGAGGUGCGCGUGAUGAACACGCUGGACCGUGAGCACAGAGAGCACUACGAGUUCCAUGUGGCGGCAGCCGAUAAGGGCUCGCCUAGCCUGAGGGGGACGGCCACGGUGGUGGUCAAGGUGCUGGACCGUAACGACAACGACCCCAAGUUCAUGUUGAGCGGCUACAGCUUCUCCGUCUUGGAGAACAUGCCUCCGCUCAGCCCUGUCGGCAUGGUGACGGUCAUCGACGCAGAUAAGGGCGAGAACGCCAGGGUGCGGCUCUCGGUGGAGCCCGACAAUGGCAAGUUUGUCAUCCAGAACGGCACAGGCACUAUCCUCUCCAGCAUCUCCUUUGAUCGCGAGAAGGAGAGCACAUACACUUUCCGCCUCAAGGCUGUGGACGCCGGUGACCCUCCCAGGUCCUCCUACGUGGGUGUGACCAUCAACGUCUUGGACGAGAACGAUAACUCCCCCUAUGUCACCAAGCCCUCUAACUCCUCCUACAAGUACCUCCCACCUCUCACGACCCCAGAGACACGCGUGGAAGUGGUGGAGGCCGAAGACAUUGACACGGGACCCAACGCCGAGCUGGUCUUCAGCAUCACCGGCGGGAACCCCUACGGACUGUUCCACAUCUCACCCAACAAUGGGGAGAUCACCCUGGCCCAGGAGUUCACCCGCAAGCACAACGGGCUCCACCGUUUGGUGGUGAAGGUGAGCGACAAAGGCAAGCCACAACGUCACACCACCGCCCUGGUCCACAUCUUCGUCAACGAGACCAUGGGCAACAUCACCCUGAUCGAGUCUCUGGUGGGUCACAGCCUCUACACUCCUCUGGACAGAGACAUUGCCGGGGACCCCAACUACGCGCUGGCCCAGCGCAGCAACAUCCUGUACGGCAGCCUAGCGGGCAUCGCCGGAGUCAUCCUGGUCAUUGUGGUGGUGGUGGUGAUCCGCCAUCGCAUGCAGAAGGACACCAAGAGCGGCUACCAGGCAGGCAAGAAGGAGAGCAAGGACCUGUACGCCCCUAAAGCAGGGCCGAAGAACGGCAAGGGCAAAAAGAGCAAGAAGGGCAAGGCGCCCAAGCCCGCCAAGCCACUGGAGGAGGAAGAAGAGGCAAGCCUCCAGAAGGGCCUCAACUUCAACCUCAUAAACGAUAGUGUCAAUGACAGUCCCCGGAUCCACCUGCCCCUCAACUACCCCCCGGGCAGCCCCGACCUGGGCAGACACUACCGCUCCAACUCCCCCCUGCCCUCCAUCCAGCUGCAGCCCCAGUCGCCCUCUGCCUCCAAGAAGCACCAAGCCGUUCAGGACCUGCCCGCCACCAACACCUUUGUGGGCACGGGUGACAACAACUCUACAGGCUCCGAUCAAUAUUCGGAUUACAGCUACAAGGCAAACCCGCCAAAAUACAGCAACAAACAGCUCCCCCAUCGCCGAGUGACCUUCUCCACGGCCAAUCAGGCUCAAGACCUGCAGGACCCCUCCCAGCACAGCUACUAUGACAGCGGAUUGGAGGAGUCGGAGACCCCCAGCUCCAAAUCGUCAUCAGGGCCCCGCAUUGGGCCCCUGGCCCUGCCUGAGGACCACUACGAGAGGACCACCCCGGACGGCAGUAUCGGAGAGAUGGAGCACCCGGAGAACGAUCUCAGGCCUCUGCCCGAUGUGGCCAUGACUGGGAACUGCACCCAUGAGUGUACCGAGUUCGGCCACUCCGACGCCUGCUGGAUGCCUGGCCAGCCCUCCCCCAAUCGUAAGAGCUCCACCAAGAACACCCCCAAGCUCUCCACCUUCGUGCCUUACCUGGAGAGUGAGGGGCAGGACCACCUCAUGGCCAACGGCAGCCCCAAGCCCCUGGCAGAAGAGCGUGGGAGUGGUGGAGGUGGCAGCGGCGGUGGAGGCUCCAAGAUGGCUAACAUCCGCUUCCUGCCCCCUUACAGCAGUGCCUUCUCCGGGGGCAUCGACUCCGGCAAAGGCUGCGAGGAGAUCCCCCUGAGCCAGGCAGCCGAGUACCACUCUGCCACCACACCCACCAGCCAGGGAUCCAAGAGAGAGAUUUACCUGUGAGGGCAAUGAUGUGGCCCCCACCCCACCACCUCCACCCUUAACCAUAUGCCCACUGUUCCUGACCCCAUGCCCCCAAGCCUACCCCCUCACUGCCCCUGUGCCUAGCUGCUGUGUUGUCUGAGAAGUGCCAUAGCACCACCAUCUCCCUCCUUUUUAUAACCACCUCCCACCGUAUGAGGCUUUAGAAUCCACAAAACCUUCAAUUAAUUAAAAGAUGAGUACAAAUCAGUCAAAGCCAAAUGAAGAAGAUACUUGGCGAGUGCAACUGCUACUGACAGAAUGUAAACUACACUAUCGUUUAAACAUUGUGAUAACUUAAUGGGAGACUAUUUAGUUACUGUUGCGUGUUCAAGUUCUUAUUUUUUUGACGAUGGACUUCCGUUGGAGGUCCGUUGGAACUGAAAACAAUAAGGGAAGAAAAGUCUUCUUGUAAAAUAGACACAUGAAAAUACAGUGUAUCACCAUGUAUUUUAGGUGUUCUUUUGGUUUUUCUGUUUUAUUCCCUUUUUUUACAAGUGAGUGUCGGUCUCAACUCUGGGACCUGCAAUUAGAAUUAGAGCAGUGUUUCUCUUGCCUGACUACCCAAACUCCUUGCUCCGGCUAAAUGCUACAGCACGCCCAUGGAUGUUAGUUUCUUUUCUGCAAUGAGUCUGGAUCUGAGUACCUCCCGCGACGAUUUCUAGAACAGAAAAAUCAUUCUAGCCAUUCUGAUUGGUCCCAGAAAUCGAUGGGUUGAGACAGAGCCAGAACACAUGUGGGUAAAGCGGCGGUUUGAAAAUUCAUCAUUGGCUUUGAUACUCUGAUUGGUUAGAGAUGAUCCAAUCGCUGAUGACUUUGUUUUGUACACCACCCCUCAU